CAGUUAAAAAUCCAGCGGUGUUAAUGAGGUGAAACCCUAAAUGUCCUCAGCUGAGUGGAGCCUGCAGCAAGAGCUGUCAGGGUUUCUUUGAAAUGUUUCAUGUAGAUGAGUUUAAUGUGUGUGUGAAGCUUUCAGAGUGUCACUCAGUGUGUCAGAGGAGGUGUUUCAUCACUGUUCACUGUCUGUGGACCAGCUACAGGAUUUUUUUUCUCCAGAUUUCAUCACCACCAAAGUCUCUUUCUGCACUCUUCUUCCAAAGUGAAUGACAUGGGCAGAAACGCCACAUCAUUGGCAGGAUGAGUGUUGGGUUCAUUGGAGCGGGCCAGCUGGCUCAUGCCCUGGUGAAAGGUUUCACUGCUGCAGGUGUGAUUGCUACUCACAGGAUCACAGCCAGCUCGCCGGACACCGACCUGCCCACUGUGUCAGGCCUGAGGAAAAUGGGUGUAAAUCUGACGACGAGCAACAAAGAGACGGUGAACAAGAGCGAUGUCCUGUUUCUGGCCGUGAAGCCCCACAUCAUCCCCUUCGUGCUGGACGAGAUCGGACCCGACAUCGAGGACCGUCACCUCAUCGUGUCCUGUGCUGCAGGGGUCACCAUCAGCUCCAUAGAGAAGAAGCUGCUUCAGUAUCGAACAGCUCCUAAAGUCAUGAGGUGCAUGACCAACACUCCAGUGGUGGUGAAAGAGGGAGCGACGGUGUACGCCACCGGGACACACGCAGAGGUGGAGGAUGGGAAGUUACUGGAGCAGCUGAUGGCCAGCGUGGGUUUCUGCACAGAGGUGGAGGAGGACCUCAUCGACGCCGUCACCGGUCUGAGCGGCAGCGGGCCGGCUUACGCGUUUACAGCCGUGGACGCUCUGGCAGACGGAGGGGUGAAGAUGGGUCUGCCCCGGAGGCUGGCCGUCCGGCUGGGAGCUCAGGCCCUGCUGGGGGCGGCGAAGAUGCUGCUGGACUCGGAGCAGCACCCCGGACAGCUGAAGGACAACGUGUGCUCCCCAGGGGGCGCCACCAUCCACGCCCUGCACGUGCUGGAGAGCGGCGGCUUCCGCAGCCUCCUGAUCAACGCCGUGGAGGCUUCAUGCAUCAGGACGCGGGAGCUGCAGUACCUCGCGGACCAGGAGCGCAUCUCGCCGGCGGCCAUCAAGAAAACCACGCUGGACAAAGUGCUGCAGCAGCCCGGCGUCACCGUCAGCGGCGUGAGCAACGGAAAAACAGGCAUCAACCUGUUUAACAAUCGCACCUCUGGGAUCAAGAAGAAAAACUGAGCACAUACAACAACACACACACACAUAUUCAACAACACACACGCAGGUGACCAGCGUGCACUCGUGCGGAUACAACCUCAACAGAUGCGCCAAAUAUUGAAAUAGACUCGGAACUGCUUUAAAACCCCAGCCAUGUCAGUGUGAGCGACAUGAGGACAGCAGAGCCGUGGACCAGGUGAGCUGCGGCGCCGCGUCUCACCGCCGCAGCGGGGAUAAGGUCUGAUCAGCCCAGUGUGUGUACCGUGUCUCUGUUUAGCCGCUGGAGCCACCCGGCAGGUCACCGCAGCGUCCUGCUGCUGGUGUUCAGAACAAGCUUUUUACAGAUGUCUUCAAUGUCUUAGGGGGGAAAAAAAGGAAAACCACACUGUAAACUAUGUUCGUUUCUUUUUGAAAUGUUUUUUUUUUUUUUUUUGGGCCAACAAUAAUGAGCUGUUAACGAAGACUGAAUAUAUAUCAAACACACAUUUGUCAGAUUUAAACUUGGUAUUCAUGGACUUUGUGCCUUUGGCCCUUUGACCCACAGUGUAUCUUUCUUUAUAAAAGUGUCAUUCCAAGCUUUAUUAGACUUCUGAAUUCAACUUUUUAUUUUGUGUGUGUGCGUCUUAAAACCCAAAGGCACAGAAUAAAUGUUCGCUCCUUAGAGAAUGGUCAAUCUAUGAUGAAGCUUAAACUGUACACAGUGAAUUUCAGCCGCUGUAUAUCAGAAGACACUGUCAGCCGUUAAUCCGUCCAUACUGUGUAUUGUAUCCCCUUUAUGUUGCGUAAUUAGGUUUUUGUCUUGCUUCACUGCUAAUUUGCUACGUGAACAAAAUGUUGAUAUUAAAGGAGCAG